AUAUCGACAUGCCACGUGAAGAGUACAGAGAACACUGUAUUCAUUUCAAUGUAUUGCCAAUCAAUAUCUGGCAUACAAAUAGCAUCGCAGCUUGGUGAUAAAGUCUCCUAAUAACAGACAAUAGCAAUCACAUAACUGCAGUAUUCCUGUGGAAUACUACGACUCCGUUCUGAGCAAAUGCUUUCAGCAUUGCUUUGAGUGAUCAGUCCUCUUAGCGAUCUUGACGAAUUCUAACCGACCUAACAAAACACUCCUGGUGUUUGUUUUUUUUUUAAGCAAUUCGGAGACUCUUCUACUUGGAAUUGUUCUAAUUGUUUUCAAGUGCUUGAUUGAUUUCUUUGAGUUUUCAUUUAGUUAUUUAUUAUUUACAAAUUGUUAUCAAAUUUUGGAAUAAAACCGAAAAAGUAAUCAUGCUCAGGCUGCUACUUUCGUUUCUUGCGGUCCAUUUGAGCAAUCAAUAUGUGGGAGCAUAUCUAUUUAACAUGACUGAAUAUCUGCGAAUGCCGGUGAUGUCCAGGAUGGAUGACUACGACAAGUGCUUUCUGGAUAUUAAACCUGGUACAAAGGCCACAUACUGUAUGAUCACCUCAUUGAUCAAACCAAAUGAAAGCUCUGAGAUUUGGCAGAUUGUCAGCAAAUAUUCAUCAGAUAGGAAGCGUAUGUAUCGCCAUGAUCGAUUGACGCGUGGUAUUUGUAUGGAUUGGUGUAAAAAGCAAAUGAACUACUUUGAUUAUGAUACCAGGAAAACGUACUAUAUAGACAAUUUUUACAACGAUACGGACAUCUAUAAGGAUCCAAACUUCCACACACGUGCUCUAGUUGAUCGUGCACGAUACUAUCAAUAUGCUACCGAAUGUGUAAACUAUGAACUAAAGAAGCAGUACGGUUUAAUGGCUCAAUCGCAAAUAAGAUACUGCAUUACGAACAAAGAUACAGUCCAAACGACAAACGACACUCUUGAUGUAUUCUUUGUCGUUCUUUGUAUUGUUUUGGCUCUUUUGGUGGUGUUGUCGACGAGCUAUGAUUUUCAUUUGAAGCGAAACAAUUUGCCACACUUGUGCAAUCGUGAGCACUAUAAACGAUCGGUUGAUGGCAAUGCUAUGACCUUGUUACUGUGCUUUUCACUUCCGAGAAAUUGGUACAAGCUGACAACGGAGACACAGAAUUCAGAAUUGUCCAGAGACCUGCGAGCGAUAAACGCUUUUCGGACGUUCUGCAUGUUUGGUGUGAUAUGUGCGCAUUGUGCACUGGCAAACAAUAUGUGCCCACAGCUAAACCCCUACUACAUCGAACAAAAAUAUUUCGUCACCAGUCACAUGAUUAUUAUCAACGGCGCAAAUGCCCUGCAAAGUUUCUUUGCCAUCACUGGAUUUCUCAUUGCCAUACAAUUCAUGGACUUGCGAGAAAAACACAAAUUCAAAUUUUCGUUCUUUUGGAAAGCCAUAUCCUACAGAUAUUUGAGAUAUACACCGGUCUACUCAUUUAUUUUGCUGUUUAACGCAACAUUUUUGUAUAAGCUUCGAGAGGGUCCAUCUUGGCCCAUUUUGGCAGACACAGAACGGCUUGCGUGCCGCAACAACUGGUGGACUAAUAUGCUGUAUAUUAAUAAUUUUGUAAAUGGAAAUGAACCGUGUAUGCAACAUGCAUGGUAUUUAGCAACCGAUUAUCAAUUGGUUAUUUUUGGUACCCUCGUUCAAAUGAUUAUUUGGAAAUUCACCAAAUGGACAAAACCAAUUUUCGCAUUUGUAUUUGCGAUUUCAUUUUUAAUUCCAGCCGUUAUAACCUAUAUAUACCGUUUUGAAGGGACAUUCAUGGCUGCACCAGAAACCACUAGGUACGCUCAUUGGUACGAUGAGCAAUACCACACGAUUUACAUUCCAUUCUACACAAAUAUGGGUAGUUCGGUUCUUGGAAUGAUAGCUGGUUUACUCUAUUGCAAACACAAACAGGGUCACAUCGAUUUAACCAAGUCCAAAGUUCUGCCGAUACUUUGGUAUAGUUUGCUGCCAAUCGCUUUUAUGGGCCUUUGGUCCGGUCACAUUUUCUAUGCAAAUGAGUUCGAAAAGCCGGCUAUUUGGAUUGCUAUUUAUGCAGCAUGCAUGAAAAGUUUAUGGGGAGUAUUCGGCGCAACUCUUGUUCUUGGAUCUGCAUUGAAUACUGGAUGGGUUUUCAAGAAUAUAUUGAGAAUGCAAGCGUUUCGAACGAUGGGGCGCCUGACAUUCGGUGCAUAUUUGAUUCAUCCAUCGGUUAUACGUCUAUCGUACGGCUCUAUGCGUCAUCCAUUUUUUGCGGACGAUUUCAAAGUGUACGAUAGUACGGUGUCUGCAUUUGUAACAUCCUAUGCUUUAUCAUUUUUCGUAUGUAUGUUAAUUGAAAUGCCAUUUUCUAUCAUACAAAAACUUUUGUUCAACCGAAACGGAGAUAAUCGUCGAACCGAAAAAACAAUCUACGAAACUACAGAAACCGAAGCGAUCAAACUGUCAAAAAAAAUUGCCGAAACGGAAGAGAAAACCAUAAAAUCGUUUAGCUAAAGUCAAAGCUAGCGCAUGUACUUUCAUCGAUCGUAUAUUUACUACUAAAAUCCCAAGAGAAGCGGCAAAUAUAUUUAGACGCCCGUUGUACGCCGAAUGUAUUCUGGAAUGUAUAUUCUAGUUUCGUUUUAAAGCCGUUUAAAAAUAUUCCGCGUUUCUUUUGGGAUCUCAUUUUCGCAUAUUCGGUUUAUUUGUUUUGAGUUGCAGUUGCAAGUGAUUCCAAAUGGAUUCAAACCGCGCACAUUGAAUCAGGAAUAAUGAAUUAUAAAUGCUGUGAAAGUCAACAAAAUAAAUAGAAUGUAAUUUUAAGAUAAAUUAAUAAAAACAAUUUAGUCAAAUUUGAAUUUAA